AGUCAGCUCGGUUUGGGGGGCGGCCAAUGACAGUGCGGUGCUCAGGAUUGGGAGAAGCCAAUGGUGCCCGACCUCUUAUGUUGUGACUGGAGAAGCAGGAAGUGGGAUGCAGAGCUUUGCUCAGGAGUCACCUUAGCAUCAUGGCUGCUGGUCCCAGUGAUUGAUUGCGGGACAAUGUGUCAGGACGGCUACUGGCAGGAGGAGACUCUUGCUGCUGCCAGGCUCAGUCAAGAACCUGCUCUCCCUGCAGCCCUAUUGUGUGUGGAGGCAGCGGCUGGAUGCUGACAACACUGCAGUGCUGGAUCAAUGCAGGCCCUGACAAGAGGAGGAGGAGGAUGCCGAGACCCCCAAGGGUGUAGCGAUGGUCAGCGAGAGAUGCUCCUGCACACAUCGAGGUGAGCUGGGGGCGCUUUACGUCAUCUCCUCAGGACCAGGAUCACAAUAGACACAGCCAUGUUGGAAGAGGCAGCACAGAAGUGGCAUCCCACCCAUGUCCAGGUCACAGUAUUACAGGCCCGAGACCUCCACCCAAAAGGCAAGCAUGGCACCAACGACACCUACACCAUCAUCCAGCUGGGCAAGGAGAAGUACUCCACCUCGGUGGUGGAGAAAAGCCUCAGCCCCGUCUGGAAAGAAGAGGCGUCCUUCGAACUGCCGGGCCAUAUGGUCCAGGACGGCCUCGAGCAGUACCAGCUGCUGCUGACCGCCAUGCACCGCUCUCUGGUCGGCCUUGACAAGUUCCUGGGACAAGUUUCCAUUAACCUUAACAGUAUCUUCGAGAAUAAGGAGCGGCGUAAGACAGAAUGGUACAAGCUGGAAUCAAAGCAAGGGAAGAAGAACAAGCACAGAGGAGAACUGAAGGUCAACGUCCAGUUCGUGAGAAACAACAUGACGGCCAGUAUGUUUGACCUCUCCAUGAAGGAUAAGACUCGUUCUCCAUUCGCACGUCUGAAGGACAAGAUGAAAGGAAGGAAGCAAGACGGGUCCGACACGUCAUCCGCCAUCAUUCCUAGCAGCACCACUGAGCGGCACAGCAUCUGUGACCCCAAUAGUUCAGAAAUCCAUAUAAAGAGUAAGCCCAAGAAGCCGUUCCUCCUGGGACCUCAGCGCUUGUCGUCUGCUCACUCCAUGUCGGAUUUAUAUGGUCCUCCAUCCUCCCGGCUCGGCUCCGGAGGACUCACGGCUAAACAGACUCUUGACUCUAUCAGCUCUGCGGAUGAGAACGGAAGCCUUAACUCUCCUCACAGAAGAACAAUGAGCGUUGACGCCCCGAAGGAUAACCCCCCUGAAAGCCGAGGGUCUGAUGUGAGUUGGACUGGAGAGAGCAACAAAGACCCAGUGCCCGGUUCUUCUCUGCCACAGAAAUUUGCCACACUGCCCCGACAGUGGGCCCCAGGAGAUGAGCGCACAGAAGCCUGGGAGAGGUCCGCCACCUCCGGGAUCUUCUCCAAAACUGCUGACGGGAAGAAAGACGUGAAGAAGAAGGACAAGGUCAGCUUGUUCGAUAGAGUGACUGGCAAGAAGGAAGGGAAACGGCCUGAGCGGCACAGCCAGGACAUCUCUGACUGGACUGUGGAGAGCAGAUCUUCUGAAGGUGCCACCCAGCAGACCACAAACUACGAGUCCACCAAUCCCUUCCGAGUGGGGAGCCGCGCUCCGGAGCUACGCUCCAAUGCAAAGUUUUCCUCGUCUGAAUUGACAGCACAACUGGGCUGGAAGAGUGGAGGGCUGGAGGGGUACCCAUCCCUGGAGAAGAAUCCAUUUGAGGGUUCGGGCCUCUACAAUCACCUGACACGCACAGAGGUGGAGCGGGAGUUAGUGAAGCACAAGGAGCUGCUGAAGAAGAAGGACAGUCAUAUCCGGGAACUGGAGGACUACAUAGACAAUCUGUUGGUGCGGGUGAUGGAGGAGACCCCCAGCAUCCUGCGGGUGCCCUAUGUGCCUUCCAGGAAAGCGGGUAAAUUCCCUCAGAGUUAGCCAACUGAGGGUGCAGGACAUGUGGGGGCCAUGCUCUCUUUGUGAAUGGCCAUCCACACAGACUCUUGUUGUGAAGACUCCAAAAACUAUACAGAAAGGUACAGUAGUAGAGACUAAAUAAUGACUAAAGAGUUAGAUGUGAGGGCCGGAUCCUGCCGCGCGGCCUCUGGUGCUAUGCUGUGGGAUUGGCUCAGGGAAAGCAUGUUGUUAGUAUUGGGGGCAGAGGGUUGGACAUGUCCUCCAGCCCCUAUUGUAGAGAAGUAGGCCUACCUGUAGAGCUGGGGUCCUGAUGGCUGUCCCGUCUGUCCUCCCCUACAGACUCCUGGCUCCCCGGUGGACUCCCCAAAGCUCUCACAGUAUUAUAGGCCCGUGUAUCGAUCGGUGAUUGUGUCUUUUUCGUGAUGAUUGUUUUACUGAACUGAAGGAAAGUGCUGCAGAUUUUGUGCCACGGCGGAAUGUAUUAUUUUAAGUAUUCUAUGACACAUAAGCUAUUUAUCCUGGUACAAAGCUUUACCUGCUCAGUAUCUACCCAGUCAGGUGUCUUCCAUCAGUGCUGUAUUAUUCCAUAACGCACCUGUCAUAGGGGAGCAGCCUGUAUUGAUGCUGAUGUGGCCCUCCCUUCCAUGAUGCACCUAUCAUAGAGGAACAGUCUCUAAUAAUUUUGGUGUGGCUCUUCCUCUAAUAAUGUUUCUGUCACUGAGGAGCAGCCUCCAUUAAUGCUGAUUGUGGUACUUCCUCCCAUAAUGCACUUGUCAUAGAGAAGCAGCCUCUAGUAAUGCUGGUGCGGCCAUCCCUCCCAUAUUGCACCUGUCAUAGAGGAGUGGGCUCUAUUAAUGCAGAUGUCACCCUCCUCAUAGAGGAGUGGCCUCCAUUAUUGCUGGUGAUGUCUUCCCAUAAUGCAUCUGUUAUUGGGAAGUGGCAACUCCUCUCGCUCCUUCUUCCCAUAAUGCACUUGUCAGGGAGGAGCUGCCUCCAUUAAUGCUUGUGUAGACCCUCCCCUCUUCUUGCGCUCACCAGUUCUCCACUUAUGCCACCAUGUGGUGUCACAGUUCUGCAGCUACCCUUAGAGAUGAAGGUCUCAUACUGGCAGCGUACGGGUAUCAGCACAUCAGCCUUAUUUUAUAUAGUGUCAGCAGAUGAGAAGACUGAGGUGUAAGUGAUUCCCCCAUAAUGCCAAAUCUGACCCCUCUAACAGUAUUCAAUGUCCAGAGACUUGUGCUCAUUACUGUGUCUGUAAGGUGUCCUCAGCACUAGAACCAUGAUGGAGAGUCACAACGGAUGGAGGGGCACUGGUCCCUGCACUCCCCAUAUGUCUCUCCAGGGGGCGCACAUGAGGAGACAUCACUCUUCUAACUCUUCCUUUAUAGUCAGGUGACUUAAGGUGCCAUUUUGUGAAUCAACUAUGCAAGAGCUGAUGUAGUCCUGUGCGCUGGAGACGUCUCCUGCCAUGACGGCCCCCAAUGAGCGAUCAGCAGAUGGAAGGAACAUGUUAUGGAAAUCUUCCAGCGGAACAAGCUGAUACAAGAAUUGUCUACGAUGAAUAAGAGGGAUACGACGUAACAGUGGCGGAGUGUGAGCGUCUUCAGGAUUCAGCGUUAUUACAAUCACUUCUUUUCCUUCCUAACGCUGUUUCCAGAUCAUCUCUCAAUUUGGUUACACGGCGAGUUGAGGCUUGUAGGAUGCGCCGCCUCGUAUCCUGUCUCCGUGCGAAUGUAAAUGAGGCACCAAAGAAUGAAAGACUCGCACAGUCCUGGCAUUCAGACUAUGGUCAUGCAACACUAGGAGUUUGUGACCUCACAAUCCAGGAACCCCCUCAAUGAAGGAAUGUACCAGAUUACGUAUUAGUCCUAUCCUGAAGGCCCAAACCUUCAUAGAACAUAGCUGCUCCGGCCUGGUGCUGGUCGUGCCUCGCUGUACACAGUGCUGGAUAUAUGGUUGUCUCUGCACAGCUCUUACAGAAGAGAACUCUUCCCAUAACAAUGACCUGAUGUCCCAAGCACAAGCCUGAUGUCUGCUUGGUUAAAAGAAGGCGGCUGUCCCAAAUUAUUGAUGACUGGACUUGUGAUGUUGUGUCCCCCUGUGGGACGUUGAUGUGCGCAGUUUAUGGUUGGUUUCUUGUCGGUGUUUUUCCAUUUUGUCCCAUUCCACACAAAUAAUAAACUUUUGGUGAAAUUC